UUGAGAUCAAUGUGUGUUCAGAGAUUUUUCGUCUAGAUGCAGUUGUUGAUACGUUAAAAGUAUUUUACGUAAGAAAUACUGAAAACUAUUAUCCAGUUUUGAAGUGAAUAAAAAUUCCUAAAGCUCGUAUAUAAAACAGUAACGAAUAAAGCAAUUAUGCCAAGAUUUCUAACGAAUUCCGUCAUCUAAUGUAAACCAAAAGUUAAUGAAGUUUGUGUCGAUCGACGAUGACAGUCAGUGUUACAGAAAUAAUGCAAGAUAGCUUUGGAACGAAAAAUUCACAGAAAGAUUCUCAGACUGUGGCUCUAAAAAAACAAAAAAGUAUUUUAGAUAAAUUUGAAAAUUUGCAAGACGAAGAUAAUAAAAGAUCACUUGAAUGUAAUGGAUGCGGGGAAAAUGUAUUAGAUCGUUCAUUACUUUGUGUUGGAAAUCGCACUUGGCAUUCCAAAUGCCUGAAAUGUUCAGCGUGUUUUCAGUCUUUACACGAUCAGCAUUCUUGUUUCAUUCGUGAUACAAAAAUUUACUGCAAACAAGAUUAUAUAAUAAACUUCGGAGCAAAGUGUUCAAAAUGUGGUAGAAGUAUUGGAACCGGAGACUGGGUACGACGUGCUCGAGAAAGAGUUUACCAUUUAGCAUGUUUUGCUUGCGAUACUUGCUCUCGACAACUUUCAACCGGAGAACAAUUUGCCUUAAUCGACAUGAAAUUGUUGUGCAAAGCUCACUAUCUUGAUUUGAUAGAAGGCAACAAUACAUCCUCUUCCGAAGACUACGAUUCAGAAUAUAGUUGUAAAGGUAGUAAAACGAAACGCGUCAGAACUACUUUCACUGAAGAACAGUUAUCAGUAUUACAGGCAAAUUUUCAAUUAGAUAGCAAUCCAGAUGGACAAGAUUUAGAACGAAUUGCACACGUCACUGGGCUUACAAAAAGAGUUACUCAAGUCUGGUUUCAAAACUCUAGAGCACGCCAAAAAAAGCAUAAUGUUAAAAUUAAAUCACAAAAUGAUUGGUAAUGACUUAGUUUAUAUGUCUUGCAUAUGUACACUUUAAUAAAGUAUUGAUUUGCAAUCAUAUAUGUACGAUUUUAAUUUGAAUAAUUUUAAUCUCUCGAUCAAUUAGUUUAUUUCGCUUAAUUUUUUUAAUAUCAUGCGUUUUAACAAUCUAUCAACGAUAGUACUCAAAUUAUCACUACAAUUUUACAUGAAAUUUUUGAUUUAUUCAUUAUUUACUAAUUUUUGUUUGAAACCUGUUUUUAAUAUGUUAACUAUUUCUCGUUCUUUUAUUUCUAAUGUUUACAAACUUAAUCCGAACUUUGAUCGUCGAGAAAUUAAAUGUUUAUGAAACAUCUAAAACUUGUAUAACACUUUCAUUCCAAAUGUUUUUUCGAUUUCUUCAACUAAUAAACCAAAUAUGUUUAUACAACUCCUAAUUCAAUUCUGAGGAUUAGAGGAUUUUUCCUCUUCUUAUUAUUUAUUUUUUAUUUUCAUUUCUUUUUGAAGUAUAUAAUUGUUGCGAAUCGAAGUGUAAAAAAGUUAAAAAAGAAGUAUUUCAAAAAUAGCAGCUCAAAGAAAAUGUGAUAAGUAGAAUUUAAAAUUCUGUUUACAGCGAUAGGAUUAUGCAAAGAGUGACACUGAACUAACACGUUCAUCUUAUGAAAAAAACGAGAAAGAGUGCAUGUGAUACCAAGUACAGCCCAUUACAGUCUCCCGAAAAACUCCGAAGCUAAUAUUUUGUAUCUGGACAUAUUGUUUUAUAUUUGCUGUUAAUUUAGAUUAAAGUUAUAUUUAAAAUUUUCGGAAAUAAUUGUCAUAAGUGUAUAAUUCGAAGAAUUGUAUCAAACACGAUUUUCAUUUUUUUUAACAAUUAAACCUGCAAAUAAAAUCAGAAUAUAUUCAAAUAUUUUUCAAAAUUUUAAAAAUCUUUGAUGUUGAAAACAAUGUGAAAAUAUUUUUUUAUGGCUUAUAGUGAGAAGGUAUCUUGUAUGUAAUGAGUAGUUUUCCGGUAAUGGUGAUAUUAAUUUGUUGUAAGUUAAAAAUAGGAAACUGAGUUGAACCAAUCAAUGCCUGUUUAAUGGUACAAAACUAUAAUGAGCUAAAUAAAGUAAGCUAAAGUAAAAUCCCACACUAUUUGCAGCUAAUAUUGGGUAUAGUUGAAUGUUACACUUUUAGAAACAAUCAAUUGACCUUUUAAAAGAGUCUCAUUAUAUUAAUGAUUUUUUUAAUAACAGUUAAAAGUAAUGGGAAACUCAUUUUCAACACAUUUUGUAUUUAUUUAUUAUUUUAACAAACAAAUAAUGAAGGCUUUCAUUAAUUUUUUUAAUUUCUUAAC